GCAAGCGCCUCUCAACCGAAUAAUCAGAAGUCUCGGAACCAACCACCGUGGCCCUUCGGCGAUGGAGGCACUGGAGGUUCAGACAAGAAAAACCCGUUCCAAGGCAGUCCCGAUGAUUUCAACCGGAAGAUACAGCAAGUAACCGUGUUCAUUGUUUUCGCAUUGAUGGCCUAUGGUUUCCACGAAAUGAGGUACAAAGAGAUUACUUGGAAGCAAUUCGUACAAGAGUACCUCUCACGGGGCGUAGUCGAGAAGCUUGAGGUGGUGAAUUCGAAAUGGGUUCGAGUCACUCUCAGUGGCCAAGAUUCGGGCAACAUUCUGUGGUUCAAUAUUGGCUCUGUGGACUCUCUGGAGCGUAAUCUCGACAAUGUCCAAGCAGAAAUGAACAUAGAUUCCAUCAACUAUGUCCCAGUUGUCUAUAAGAGCGAGCUAGACUCGUCAGGACUCCUGAACAUGUUGCCGACAGCCUUGCUCAUUCUCGUCCCACUAUACUUCUUCAUGAAAGCUCCGGGUUUCAAAGGUAUGAUGGGCGGGGAAGGGGGAAUCUUCGGCGUUGGUCAGAGCACUGCGAAGUUGAUCAAACCAAGCGAUAUCGGUGUCAAGUUCCGGGACGUCGCGGGCUGCGAGGAGGCCAAGGUUGAGAUUAUGGAGUUCGUGAAUUUCUUGAAGAAUCCGCAGCAGUAUAUCGAUCUGGGUGCCAAGAUCCCGAAGGGCGCGAUGCUCACCGGCCCCCCUGGCACUGGAAAGACGCUCCUAGCAAAAGCGACCGCGGGGGAAGCCAAUGUACCGUUCCUGAGUGUUUCGGGAUCCGAAUUCCUCGAAAUGUUCGUGGGCGUGGGCCCAUCGAGGGUCAGAGAUAUGUUCACGAAAGCGAGGAAACACGCACCGUGUAUUUUAUUCAUCGACGAAAUCGACGCCGUAGGGAGGAAACGAGGCGGGAAGAACUUCAGCGGACACUCAGAACAGGAAAACACAUUGAAUCAACUACUCGUUGAGAUGGAUGGUUUCAAUACUACCACGAACGUGGUAGUUCUCGCAGCGACCAAUCGGAUCGACAUCCUCGACAAAGCGCUCUUGCGUCCAGGUCGCUUCGACAGGCAGAUAUUCGUCGGGGCGCCAGAUAUCAAAGGCAGGGCCAGCAUUUUCAAGGUGCACCUCAAAAAUUUGAAGACUUUGCUGAACAAGGACGAUCUAUCGAGGAAGAUGGCUGCUCUGACUCCAGGGUUCACUGGAGCUGACAUUGCGAACGUCUGCAACGAGGCCGCCCUGAUCGCCGCACGAGAGCUCAGCAACAGCAUUGAGUUGAAGCAUUUCGAACAGGCGAUCGAAAGGGUUGUGGCUGGCAUGGAAAAGAAAACCAAUGUUCUCCAGCCUGAGGAAAAGAAAACUGUGGCUUACCACGAGGCUGGGCAUGCAGUGGCUGGUUGGUUCCUCGAGCACGCUGAUCCUUUAUUGAAGGUUUCAAUUAUCCCGCGGGGCAAGGGCCUCGGUUACGCGCAGUACUUGCCGAAGGAGCAGUACCUCUAUACAACGGAACAACUGUUCGACCGCAUGUGCAUGACUCUGGGAGGUCGAGUCAGCGAGCAAAUAUUUUUCAAGAAAAUCACCACCGGAGCUCAGGACGAUCUUCAGAAGGUGACUCGGAGCGCAUAUGCGCAGAUUGUUCAAUUCGGCAUGAAUGAUAAGAUUGGGAACCUGUCCUUCGAAAUGCCGCAGCCCGGAGACAUGGUCAUGGAGAAGCCUUACUCGGAGGAAACUGCGCAGAUGAUUGAUUCAGAAGUGCGAUCUCUUGUCGAUAGAGCCUACGAUACCACGAUGAAGCUGCUCACAGAUCAUAGAUCCGACGUUGAAAAAGUUGCCGUGCGAUUAUUGUCGAAAGAGAUCCUGAAUCGUGAAGACAUGAUAGAGUUGCUGGGGAAGCGGCCCUUCCCGGAAAAGUCCACAUAUGAAGAAUUCGUACAAGGCACAGGAUCGUUUGAGGAGGACGUCACAUUACCCAAAGGCUUAGAGUCGUGGAAUAAAGCGAAGGAAGAGCGGACAUCGGAGGGGGAAAAAUCCACGACAGCAAGCACAGAGGGAGCGGGCGAGAAGAAAAAAUCCGAGUGAAAUAUAUCCCGAUAAGCUCCUCUGCUGUCUCCGAACAGACUCGACUUCGCGUCAAUCAAU